AUGCCGCCCCUCCCGGGAGAAGAACGCUUAUUGACAGUAUUUGCGGAUGUGCACUAUUAUUUCUCUCCGCCCUCUCCACGGCCCCCGCUUCAUCGAUUCGAUAAAGGGUCAUACCUCUACUUAUACCAUGAUGCGACCCAGCACAAGGCCAGGAUUGAGAUAGCCAAUAAUCCAGGCCUUCCUGAGCAAGAUGCUUUUGCUGGCUCUUUGGGGGCCACGCUCUUACGGAAUUCGGACAAGUUUCCUACUCUGUUUACCUUGACGGUUAAUGCCCAACGGCAAAGCGUAUCGGGGGAACAGCCAGGCCAACUUGCCACCAAUGAAUGGUCCCUCAUAAGUGGUCACCCUCACGAUACCAGUGGAACCCUCCAUAAGCUCCAUACACUGGAUAUAUACUUCUGGACCGUGGACGACGCCGGACUUUUCCUAGCAACAGUACGGCGGAUCUUGGACCCGUCUCAAAUUGAUAUCAUUGCAACUCAACCGUCACAGCAGACGUCGUCUAUGAGUACUGUUGUUCAGCAGUUAGAACAGGCCGCUAUAUCCGACCCAGGAUAUCAAAACAAUUAUCCAGGGAGAACGUCCCCAACAAGCUCGACGAAUUUGCCGCCCCCCCCUCCAGGUGCCCCACCGGUUAAAUCGGCCUCGACUGUUGCUCAGCCUCCAACAGCGCAAGUUAGCUCGUCAGAAGAGCCCGAGAAGCAACCACAGGAUCAAAAAGCCGAAAACUAUGCGCCCUUGGCUUACAAUCCUGCUGCACCAGCUGCGCCAGAGCCGAUCAAACACCGCGAAAAGACACCCCCGCCGCCAGAUGCUGCAACCGGGACGGGGCUGGCAGCUGCAGCAGCUCGAGAGCAAGGCACACAUUUCACGCACCUGCCCGGAUCCUCCGGGUCAGCAAUGUAUACUUCACCACCUCCAACCGCAGGGCUGACUCAACCGCAAUCGCCACCUCCCCAUAGCAGCGGGCUUUCGUUUGGGCCGACGAGUGGGCCUGUAACCACCGGGCCACCCGCUUCCGGACCACCGGCACCGCUGAAUUAUGCACAGCAACCCCCAUCCCAGGAACCCAACAUAGGAAUUUACCGACAGCAGAGUUUUGGGCCACCUCCCGGCGCUGAAAAUUAUAGCCAAGCCCAGCAAUUCCAACAACAGCAUGCUGUCGCUUACAGUCAGCCGCAAACGCCCCCCGCCAUCUACGGCCAACAUCAAGCGUACCAGCCUCAAUCUCAGCCCCAUCCUCAACAGCCGCAAGUCCCCAUUAGUGGGUAUUCAGACUAUUCGUAUGGUCAACCUCAGCAAACCAUGGGAAACGCGUACGACAUCCAUAAUCAGGUAUAUAGGCCUACUGAAAACGAGCAUAGGUACCAUCAACGUCGCGGAUCAGGAAGCCUGACUUCCGGAGACAAGAAGCCAGGCAAAAUCACAGAAAAUGCAAUGCGGGUUGAGAAGGGGGUCAACAGGUUCCUUAAAAAGCUGGAGAAGAAGCUGUGAAAGUCCCCUAUAAUUUUUAAUGCGCAAACAUUUCCUAUUUUCCGUGUUUAGUGCGUGUGCUUGUGUUAAUUGUGAGCGAUAUUAGCAUAUGUGUUGUCCGGUUUCAGAUGAUGGUGUAGCUGGUACGGAGUACUGUUGCUCUUUAUAUAUAGUGCCUUGCAAAAAUUUGCGUAAAGUAGUAAUCCAACAUGUCUCCAACAA